ACUGAAGAGAAUAGUCUUGGAAUUUUUUCUAACAGAGAACCAUGAAAAAAACGAAAAUCCUGUUCAAUUUGCCGUGGACGCGAGAUGUUCCUCACUGGCUCGUGGGCCCCAGUUCCAGGCCCUCGUCGCCUUUAUAAAGUCGCCUCCUCUCUUCCACCUCCCACCGUUCGAAAUUCGAAUUCCUUCCUCGCUUCAACCAGCGCACACGCGGGCAGCAAUGAGGAAGGCGAGAGCAACAGCAACCGCCUCCAAGCCCAGGCCCAGGGCCAGGGCCAAGCCCAAGGCGAAGCCCAGCCCAGUCUCCGGCGGCUCCUCGCCGUCCGCCGGCGGCGCGUCCCCCGCCGCGGACCUCAGCUUCCUCUCGCCGGCGAAGCCCAGGACCAGGAACUCACCCCUCGCCGCCUCCCCCUUCUCCGCCCCCGGCGCCGCCGUUUCCAUGUCCAGCAUCGGAGACCUGAGGAGCCUCGCUGCGUCCCACCUCGACUCCCUCAAGCGCCGCUUCGACGCGCUCCACGGCGACUCCGUCCGGGAGCUCGAGGCCUCCCACUCCCGCAUCUCCAAGCGCUUCAAGAUGCAGACGCAGGGCUGCCUGCAACUGGCGGAGGAGGCGGACAAGGAGCACAAGAAGAUGGCCGACAAGAUCUCCGAGCGCGCUGAGGCCGUGAAGACCUCCUACAAGAAGUUUAUGGCUGAGGUGCAGGCGUCUACGUCUCGUGUGUGCAAGGUGACUGUCCCUGAGAUGGCAAAGUCGGCGGAGAGAGCUAUUGAUGGCCUGCGCAGUCGCUACAACAUCUCGGCUACACCAGCUUAGUUGGCACUUCAAUCCAUGUUCAUACGCUCACCGAAUAGGCCGUUAUCUGCAUCAAUCAACUGGGCUCAGCUGUUGAAUUCCUGGGGAUUGCAGAAGGGGCAUGCACAUUUGUACAUAACAGCUACGCUUACAUCAUAUCGUUUUUGGUAUUGCCUCAAUUUCAGAUGCGUCGAAAAAUCAUAUUAGAUACUCUGAUCCCUGGAACUUUUUUCUGCUUCGUUGCAUUCCUUGUGCAUCCUUUAAGAUUCUACAGUCGGUGUAGCUCCUAGGAUCUGAACAUUUUAGAGUCGAAAUACAGUUUGUUCUACAAUAGUUGUAGCCUGAAGAUUCGUUUGUUGUAUCCACAACCAAAAUCCAACUCUUCGUUCGAUCCACGCGGAAGUAAUUUCAGUUUGUGCCUGUCAGUUGAGUUGCACCCAGUUGUCCAAUUCAUGAAUUUCUUGUUCACAAUUGGGGACGGGGUCACGUUCUGCUAUGAUUUUUGGGUUCCGU